AUGAAGACUUUUGUUUUAUGUAUCGUGUUAGUUCCUUUCUUCAUAGAUGGAGGGUUCACGUUGCAAUGUUAUUCAUGUGUCGGCCGAGGUAAUAAACACCCCUGUGUGAAUAAUGUGACACCAGAUAAUACCGGAGUUGGGAACUGUGGGAACGAAACCGAUUUGUGUUAUGCUGUUAGUACGACAUUUAGAACAACAAGAGGAUGUGGUAAUUCCACUAUAUGUGACCAGUAUAAGGAUCAUAAUUACUGCUACACCUGUGAGUAUGACAGAUGCAAUUCAGGUAGUGCUCCUAGUACUAUGGCUCCGACGAGUCCUACAUCUAGCAGUGAAAUUACUUCAGAUCCCACUGCUGACAGUUCGUCUACCACCAAUACCACUCAAUCCUCAGGAACUACCGUCAGUUCUACGAGUACCACUAGCAGUACUACUACAGAAAAUACAAGUAAUCCAAGUACUGGGAACACAAGUAUUAACCCAACUUCUGAGAGCACGAGUCAAUCCAGUCCUACGAGUACAGAGAACACUAGUCAUGAUGUCUCUACUACAAGUACCAAUGAACCUAGUACUGAAAAUAGUACCACUACAUCAAGCAGUGAAACCAGCUCUAUCACAACUGAAAAUACCACUAACACGAAUAAUGGAAGCAGUAUCACUACUGAAAAUACAAGUAAUCCAACUACUGAGAACACUAGUAAUAUCCCAACUUCUGAGAGCACGAGUCAAUCCAGUCCUACGAGUACAGAGAACACUAGUCAUGAUGUCUCUACUACAAGUACCAAUGAACCUAGUACUGAAAAUAGUACCACUACAUCAAGCAGUGAAACCAGCUCUAUCACAACUGAAAAUACCACUAACACGAAUAAUGGAAGCAGUAUCACUACUGAAAAUACAAGUAAUCCAACUACUGAGAACACUAGUAAUAUCCCAACUUCUGAGAGCACGAGUCAAUCCAGUCCUACGAGUACAGAGAACACUAGUCAUGAUGUCUCUACUACAAGUACCAAUGAACCUAGUACUGGAAAUAGUACCAUUACAUCAAGCAGUGGAACCAGCUCUACCACAACUGAAAAUACCACUAACACGGACAAUGGAAGCAGUACCACUACUGAAAAUACAAGUAAUCCAACUACUGAGAACACAAGUCCAUCAACUAGUUCCAAUCCCAAUUCAGGUCAUGGAUAUGGUUCCAAUCAUUAUAUUUUGAGCACGGUAUUUUUCUGUGCCUUCAUUUUAUUAUGA